AUGCUCUUUGUUAAAUUCACCUUUCAGACUGUAGUCUGUUUGUAGUCACAAAACAUGAAUGCUGUCUACUUUUUCAGAUUUUAUUGUUUCUGAGGUUCUAUGAAAUUACUGUAUUGUAUAUACUGAGUUUCAUCAAAAUUGUGUGCUUUGAACAAUUAUUGUAUUGGUAUGAUUUACAAAUUUAUGUAAUUUGUGUAUUGUGAAAUAGGAGGCACUGGUAAAAUUUGUGUUAACAUACUCAUGCAUAUUCUGUGGAAGAAAAACUGUUGGUCCUGAUCUGUACUUGGUGCAAUUAGUCAAAUUUUAUAUUAAUUCUUUCUUUGCAAACAGUAGCCAAGACUAAACGGUGUACUACUUUUGUCAGAAAAGCUCCAGGACAGGUUUUUUAUUUCUGAGUUUGCAAUACUUAAAUGAACGAAAUGUCAUUUUUAUGUAACCUGGUAUGUGUGCAGCCUUGAAAUGACAUUCACCAUGUUCCUGCACAAAUUCACUAUGUGGCAGGGCUGUGCUUAGCAACACACUGUUUGAUUGGUUGGUGCAUCAGUUCUGGUGGUGCAAUAGAUGCUGGUUGUGAACAAAGAGUGAACAUUAAGUUCUGAGUUAAGCUUGGGAAAGCCCCUAGUGAAAUAUGGACAUUGAGUAAGCAACCAUAUGCAGGCAAGGCGCUUUCAAGAAGUCGUUUUUUCGACUGCCACAAAAGGUUUUGUAAAGGCAGAUAUUCAGUGCAAGGUGACUCCAGAACUGGUCGCCUGUCUACAGCACAUACCAAUGCAAACUUGGAGCACGUAAGGCAGUUAUUGCAGUAAGACCUUUAUGUAUUGUGCACAAUAUAUCGAAAGGACUUAUUUGAAUUGUGAUGUGUGUCAUAAGAUUUUAUGUGAAGAUUUAGUUAAAUGGAAACUUAAUGUGAAACUUGUUCCUCUAAAAGGCAAACAGAAAGAGGAAAGAUGAAGUAUUUCUGCUGAACUACUGGAUAGAGCCAGCCAUGAUCCCACAUUUCUAUCAAAGAUCAUUGUUGGGAAUGAAAGUUAGUGCUUCCAGUACAACACUCACACAAGGCAUCAAAGUGCUGAAUGGUGGAGUCAUGGGCCAUCAGCCUUGAAAAAAGCCAAAUGACAAUCUUUGGGAACAAAUAAAAUGUUGGUCACAUUCUUUGAUAGUUAAAGAUUAGUUCACCAUGAGUAUGUUCACCCAUUUCAAACAGUGAAGCAAACUCUUUACACCGAAGUCUUGAAAUGUUUACAACAAGGAAUAUGAAGCUGCUAUUCUGAUUUGUGACAUUCUCAGGACUGGUUCUUACUACAUGACAGUGCAAGAUCCUAUACUGCUUUAUCUGUGACCGGGUAUGUGCUCAGACAUUCUGUGAUUGCCAUCCCACAUCUGCCAAAUUCACCCAACCUCUCAUCUUGCAAUUUUUUCUUGUUUCCACAAGUGAAAAGCCAAUUGAAAGGAAAGCUUCAUCAAGACUUUACAGACAUUCCAUGACCUGUGACAAAUGAGCUUACAAGCAUCACAGUUGAAAAUUUCCCAGCUUGCUUCCAAGACCUCCAGAAACGUUGGCAACUAUGUUUAGAUAGGCAGGGGGACUACUUCAAUAGGAGGUAGGAUCAUUACUUGAUAGUGCAACUGAUUUCGGUGAUGCUGCAUUAACAUUCAACAGGCUCAUGCUGGGGCUGCAGAACAAAUCAACCACUGCAGGGUAUUCUUGUUACAAGUGUGGUAGAUGCUACCGGUGGAAGCACACACUAACUGCACAUUUAAAAUUUGAGUGUGGUAAAGAACCAACACUGCAGUGUCCAUUCUGUAUAUAUAAAGCUAAACACAUGUCUCAUCUACGAAGGCAUGUGAGACUGGUACACCAGCAAACAGUGACUUUGAUAUAAUUAUGGAAAAAAAAAAUGGUGAACGUGCAAGAAUUUCAAAUUGACAUUUAUAUAUUCAUAUUAGUUUCCUGGUCUUAAAUGUGAAGUUACCAUAAUGUUUGUUACUUUCAGUCUUCCAAAUGAGCUUAAAAGUGUGAUGUCUGUCAAAUAUCAACCCAGCACAAAAGUAAUUUGUUGUUCUUUAUUUUUGUAUUCUUUUAUGGUUGCUAUAACCCCUUUGAUUUGAAACCAUUGAUUUGUUUACACUUGAUGCAUGUGGUCUAUUUCUUACAUGACUUGCAACCUGUCUUGAUUUUAAAUUUCUGUUACUGAUCUUUCUGCAGUUUACCUCGCAAGAAGUAUGUGUAUUAAGUAACUGAAAUUUUUGUGCUGUUGUAAGGAUUACUUAACAAAGUUUUGUAUGUUAGAUGAUAUUCUUGUGCCACACCCCACUGGUUCAAAUGUCUUGCAAACCUGCAAGGUUUCAGUUCCAUGAAACCUGAAUGGAACAAUGUGUUGACCGUGACUGUUACUCAGGUUAGUGAAAUAUGGAAAUAUUUGUGGCAUCAUGAAUAUGCUAUCAUCUUUUCAUUAUCAUCUGAUGAGACAGAGCAUUGUGACCUUGCAACUCUGGUAUGCAUAAGAUAAUGGAAGUCUGAAGUUAAUGUAUUAAAAUGUCAGGUAAUGAAAGUAUAUGCGAUUUUAGGUGCUCUCACUUCCAGAAUUUUCUGAAGAUUUAGGUAAUCACUUUUAUGUGUAUAAAUUUAUAGGAAAAUAAUGUACAACAUUCAUUUUGAUGAUUCCUAUAAGGUGGCUGUGUUUUGUGAUUUUAGAAUGUAGACAGUUGACUUCUCUCUUACAAAUCUGAUAUAAACUUUUUUCUUCUCCUUGACUUGUCUAUCCUUUUCAUAUCAUUAGAGAGUACAUCACUGUAAGAAAUUUAUAUCCAUGACCUGUAAAGACUGGAAAGAAAUCUUGUGUAUCUGAAUAUUUAUGGUGUUUUUUCAGUUAAUUAUAACAACCAGAACAUAAAUGUGGCAAACAAAAUAACAUGUAAUAUGAAAUACUGUGCAUCUUAGCUGAGACAUUUGGUUGCGUUAAGGCCCCAGUCUGCUUUGUAUCCAGUGGGAAAAAACAUUGAAUGUGUUGUAAUCCGAGUAAUGUUUAAAUCAUUAUAAGAAAUGUAUACAUUUGUUUUUAUGUGUUGGUGGAACUUUACGCAAGUAAAAUUCUUGUUUCUCAAAACUGUUUAUUUAUAACUUCCUUUUUUUUUUUCAAAAGAUGUCUAAUGCCUUCAUUUCCCUCCUACUAUUUUUCAGCACAGCCACAGUUCCGAGGCAAUCCACAGUCUGCAGAAUUUCUUAAAUUUCCAUGUCCACAAUGUGGUAAGAACUAUGCAUGGAAGACAAAUAUGCAGCGUCAUUUACGACUUGAAUGUGGUAAAGAACCACAGUUUCAGUGUCCUGUUUGCCCGUACCAAAAUAGACCUACUGAUUUCCAAUUUUCGAGAUCAGGAGUGGCAUUCCAGAACAAAAGAACUACGACAGGGUUUUAUUGUUACAACUGUGGUAGACACUACCGGUGGAAACAUUCGCUGACAGCACAUUUAAAAAAUGAGUGUGGCAAAGAACCAUCACUGCAGUGCCCAUUCUGUGUGUACAGAGCUAAACAAAUGUCCAAUUUUCGAAGACACAUCAGAGUGGUUCAUCGGCAGGCUGUGACAAUAUAGGACUACUGAUUUCCAGUUUCCAAGAUCAGGACUGGGGAUCCAGAACAGACAAACAGCUGCUGGGUUUUAUUGUUACAACUGC